GGUCGUUGCGAUAUGCCUACUAUAUUGUUAUAUACCUACAUAAUAUUAUUAUAUAGUGUUGUGUGAUUGUGUGAACGGGAAUUAACGUUGCCCGCAGUUGUAACGAUGUGUCGAUAACGAAAAGUAUUAACAAACGUGCACGCCAAACGGGUUGAUCGUUUAUCGGUUCGUAAAAACUAAAAAAAAAAAGUAUAUUAAAAUAUUUAUGGUUUUUUUUAGACCAUAAAAUAUACUAUAACUAUCGUAAUAUACUUGCGAACGAACACUGCGACCCCGUUUGAAAUUAACAAAAUGUCUACCUUACCCGACGGCAUCUGCAAACAACUAUUCGCGUGCUUCAUAGUGUCCAUGCCCCUGUUGAUGGCCGGUACGACGCUGGGAUGGUCAUCGCCGAUGAUGGAAUACACGUUGAAAGGCACGGCGCCGGUUCACCUGACUUCGGACCAAGAGUCUUGGAUGGUAACUCUGAUCGACGUCGGCAACGUACUGCUAUCGUUACCGGCCGGCAUUAUGAUGGACCGAAUCGGCCGAAAACUGUCUGUGUACUUGACCGUGCCGAUAACGCUAGCCGGCUGGAUAUUGAUACUGACCGCUCGGCAGCCCUGGCACCUGUACGUCGCCCGAUUCUUGCACGGAAGCGCAAUGGCGAUCUCGUUAAUCGUGUCCCCGUCGUACGUGGGUGAGAUGGCCAGCAUAUCUGUCCGGGGAUCGUUAGCCCUGGUGGUCGAGCUGACUUAUGCUUCCGGUCUGCUGCUGUCCUACGUGGUCGGGUGGCUCUCCGACUACGAGACGUUGGCCAUCGUCGGCGCGAUCAUACCCGUUAUCACGGGCCUGUUGAUGGUAUCCAUACCUGAAUCGCCUUACUUCCUCAUGAUGGUCGGCAAACCGGAAGAGGCGGCCCGGUCGUUGAGAAAGUUGCGAAAUUGCGGAGAUGAAGAGUUCGCUGAAGAGCUCGAGAUCGUCAGACUGUCCGUCACCGAAGACAAAUGCAAGGGAAAACUGACGGACCUGCUGCACAGAGACCGGGCGCCGCUGAUCAUCGUGCUCACGUUGGCCGCCCUGCAGAUGGCGUGCGGGGCGAGCGUGAUGGAAGCGUACGCGUCGUCCGUGCUGUACGGAACAGGGCUGUCGCCGAACGCCAGCGCCGUAAUAUUCGGGCUGUUCAUAGUGGUGGCGUGCGUGCCGUUCGCGCUCACCGUGGACAAGUACGGCCGGCGGCCGCUGUUCAUGGCGUCGUGCGUGGGCACCACGCUGUGCCACGUGUUCAUAGCUGUGCUGCUGUCCCAGGACGACGCCGAGUCCGCGAGCAGCUCGCUGGACGGUUGGCUGCUGUUGGCCAGCGUGUGCGGCGCCGAGUUCUUCAUCAACAUCGGGCUCAUGCCCGUGCUGUCCGUCGUCCAGUGCGAGUACUUCCCGUCGGACACCCGGGGCCUGGCCAACUCGGCGGUGGUGUUCACCAUCACGUUCACGUCCACCAUCAUGCUGAAGAUCUACCAGCCGGUGACGGACGCGUACGGCAAGCGCGCCAACUUCGUGGGGUACGCGGUGAUCACCUUCUUGGGCGGCCUGUUCUGUUACUUCUGGGUGCCCGAGACCAAGGGCAAGUCGUUCCUGCAGAUCCAGACGGACUUCGAGACGUACGCUUGGCGCAACGGCAAAACCCGCCGCCGGAACUACGAGCGGAUCUGAUCUGGGACGACUCUCUCCUCCUCCUCCUACUCGACCGCUCGUCAGAACUCAGAGGUGCGUCGCGUACCUGCUCGUGUAGUUAUGUUAUAUUUUGUGUGAGUGUACGUUAUAUAUAGUUAUAAUUAUAAUAUUAUAUUAACGGUUGCCAGCGGUACGUUUUAAACGGUUUCGUCCACGUGAGUUUUGUGGACUUGAGACGAUCGAGACGACUUGAGACUUACGUAUUAUAUCGUUGCUUAGUUGUAUACGCCAAAAUGCGCCACUGAAAUAGGUUUGUUUUAACUUUUAUGUAUAUAUUUUCAUACACAUUCGAUGUGUGUACAUAUACGUUGACGUGAUUUAUAUUAUUUUUAACUUUCGUGAGUUACCUAAAUUCAUUUGCCUGUACACUUUUAUACUAUACGCUUUUAAAUCUUGUUAUUAUAAUAUAAUAUAGUUCGCGGGACGGUAUCGUGCGUGUUAGUACUUUUUCCGAUGACGGCCAAAAUAAAAAAAAAAACGUCGGAUAGAAUACGCAUAUCGCGAGGUAAAAGUACAACACACAAAAUAACCCCGAACAAACAACGUUUAAAUUAUAAUAGAGAUGAUUUUAUACGAUAAAAAAAAAUUAUUCAUACAUACAUUGAAACCAUUUCAUCGCACAAUAUUUAAUUUUAUCGGUAAAUUCAAUCUAAUUUUGAAUAGUUCUACAAAAAAUGGUUAUUUAUAGCAACAGUCAGCGUACUCUUUUCUUUUCAUUCUUAUAAAACACCUACACGCGGUUCAUACCUAACAUAAAUAUAUCCAAAUUGCAUAUUGAUAAUAUUCUUUUGGUAUUGUUAUAAUGAUCUCAGUAAACCCGUAGACACAACAAUGGUAUCUACCUAAUUUAACGGUAAAAUGUACAUUACAAUAUCAAAUUUGCCAUUAUAUUUACUUUUAUUUUACCCACUUAUUAUCUAUAUGUAAAAUGCGUUCAGACUACAGAUCAUUCUCAUUAUUUUUGUGUAUAACGAGAACCAAAAAAAAAACUUGAUGUAUAGAUGUAUAGUACCUACCUAUUUUUGCUUUAAUAAGAAAAUUUUAAUUUUUUCCUAGUCUUAAGUUUUCAACAAAGUAUUAAGUUUAUCAAUAAUAAUAUUUAUAUUAAAUAUAUUUAUACUAACUGUUGUAUUCUUUAAAUAUAAUGAUUAACUUUUGAAGUUAGAAUAAACAAAAAAGUUUUAUAUUAUCCUUA